AUGGCCCUACUGCAGGUCAUGAUGGAGGUUAUUCAGGGUUCGAUCGAUCAAGAUAAGACUAGAGCGUUUGCUAGUUUGGAAUACUAUCCUAACCUUAUCACGAAAAUAGAUUUUUCCCGAGGUUGCGAAGGACCUGAGAGGGGACCGGUGAUCCAAGUUGAUGAGUACCCGGCACCGUCGCUUUUCUCGGCUAUAUCGGGUAUGGGUCUGGAGAAGAGUGCUGAGUAA